AUGAUUGUUCUGAAUUGGCAAGCAUGGAUCACAAUCGUCCUAGCACUGGCCAGUGUCUCCACAGCCCGUGUAGGUCACAGAUUCAGCCUCCACCACGAUAAUGAUAUUAUCGGUAACCUGUCAGCCCUUCAGAUCCGCCAGGACUCGGGAGGCUCCAGUGAAUGCACGCUCGUGCCAAACUGUAGCCCCUCAAGCUGCGGUGGUUCCAUCUGCACAACAUCCAAGAAACGCAGCCUCCCCAUAAUAGGGAGUAAUCUCACGGAUAUCGAUCCCGAAGAGCAGGCACACCUAUUCAAGCGUGUUCUUCGACCCGUUAGACAGUCUGGUCUCAUCAGAUAUCUUCAGAAUCAAAACGACGACCCGAAUCUUGUCAAGCUGUGCCCGACGAACGCGGGGGGCUACGACACGCCCUCGUACUGCGUGCAGUAUAGCUUCAGCAACGCUCCGGUGAACCCUGCAACGGGGCAGUUGUUGAUCGGCACGGGCGAUACCGAGCUCACGGGGUGUACGGUGCUGACUGUCGUGUCUUCCAAAGGUGUAUACAUGUGCCACUUCUGGCAGGAUCUUAACUACGUCAACCCCGGGGAAGAGGGAAGACCUGAUCGUCCCGUGCUUGGGUUCCAGCCGGUCCUCAAUCUUAUUGCAGGCCAAGGCGAUCGGCGCUGGGCGGUUGGUCCAGCGCUUGAUACGUCUCUGUUCACAGGGGAAGGGACCAAUACAUGGGCAUUUAUCACCACACCACGCGCCGCCGCUGCGCUCGAUGAUCCGCGUAGAUAUCAUUAUGUCGCCGAGUACCAGCAGCUUGUUGCUCUCCUGACCACACUCGUGCCUGGUAUCGGCAUCAUGGAUUACAACUACUACUGGGUCCUGCCAUACACAAUGUAUUAUCAAGGGUCUGUUUUGUUUGAAUACGAUGUGAAUGCGGACGGUUCAGGAAACCCUGAUUGGCGCCUAUGGAUUGAAGCCUCGAAUGAAAUGGGGACGGCCCUGGGUCAGAAUCCAGGCUAG